UCCACAAUCAAUCACGCCGGCCGUCCAGAAAACAAAAGCUGUCUCGCACUUGCUGUCCCUGUCUGGGUCUCUCUCGCCGUCUCGCUCGACGCAAUCUCUCGCCCAAUUUCGCGCUCGCCGUCUCUCUCGACGCAAUCUCUCCCUCAAUCUCGCCGGCCGUGGGACGUUGCAUUCGUCUACCCAAGCAACUUCGCAGCCGCGUACCUACCUUAUUAUCAACUCAAUAAGGAUUCGUGUUCAAAGGACCUUGGAGGAGCAACCUCAGAUGGACUGAAAAUGGAAGUUGCUCUUGAUUAUGAGGCUGACGAUGAGAAGUAGUGUUGUUGCAGCCUUGCUCCACCUAAUACCCACCAUAUCAAGCAUUCUGUUUAGUAUUAUUGUUUCCUCCAUGGGAUAUUCAGUUUGAUCUUUUUAUUCAGAUCCCUAUUGAAACUCAGGUUAUAGGCUAUUUCUGUUCUGAAUUUUCCUUUUCUGUUUAGUAUG